AUGGCUCGCCGACGCUGGUGGACUCCCACGCCGCUCCUCAUCCUCUCCCUCCUCACUCCCGCCGCCGUCGCCACAGUCUUCCCCGACUUCUCCUUCUAUCCGUCUAGCGCACAGCCGUGCCUCACCCAGGCCGGCGACACGUCCAAGUGCAGCGGCGCCACCGUCGCGGACCUCAACGAGUGUCUGUGCGGCAACGAGAACAACUUCAUCAUCCUGGCCGCGCAGUGUAUUGGCAAGAGUGAUGCCAGCGAUGCCGUGUCCGUCUAUCAGACGCUGGUGUCUGCAUCCAAGCAGCAAAGCGAAGAACUGCAUCCAAUGCUGCCCCACGGCGAGGACGGCCGCCAAAGCGUGCCGCUGGCCAUCUCCGCAAGCGACCCGAUGCUGCAGCCGACGCCCUCGCCCGGGUCAAACGGCAGCUUCCCAGCAGAGGUCAAGCACGCGUCGUGGGUGUCGUCGCUGCAGAGCCCGGAUCCGUACCGCUACUCGGCGGCGGCGUAUGAUGCGAGCCAGGGCGUGUAUCAGGGGCCGUAUGCGCCGCCGGGGCCCACGAUUGUCGAGCUGCCGCCUGACAGUACUCCUAAUCCUAAUCCUAAUGCUACUAAUCAUAAUGCGGAGGGCAUGGUGUUUGAAAUGGACGGCGCGCAGCAUCAGCAUCAUGCGAUGCCGGCGGAGGUGCCAGGCGAUGUGCCCUGCGAUGGUAAUUCUUGGCAACCAAUUCUUGGCAACCUUAUCCGCAGCCCUACGGAUGCCGCGGGGGCAAGCUGCUCGCCGGGAGGCAUUGGCAAUGCGCUGGCUCGAGAGUUCCAUCGAAGAGGACUUCAUGUCAUUGCUACGGCCCGCAAUCCAGAGGUGCUCAGGGAGCUGGAAUCCUUGGGCAUGAGCGCCGUCCAGCUGGAUGUCACCAACCAGGACAGCCUCAACCGCGCCAAGCACGAUGUUGCCCAGAUUACCGGCGGUCGACUGGACAUUCUCGUCAACAAUGCCGGCCGCACUCACACCAUCCCGGCCCUCGACAUCGAAAUCGACGACGUCCGCCAGACGUACGAGACAAACGUCUUUGGCCCCAUGUUCACCGUCCAGGCCUUUGCCGAGCAGCUCAUCGCCGCGCGCGGCCUCGUCGUCAACAUCUCCUCCACCAGCUCCGUCAGCUCCUACAUCUUCGGCUCCGUCUACGCCUCGUCCAAGGCCGCCAUCAACAGCUGGUCGCGCAUCCUGCGCCUCGAGCUGCAGCCCUUUAAUGUCCGCGUCAUGGUCGCCAUGGCCGGCACCAUCAAGUCGCAAAUCACCAGCCACGGCCACCGCUCGCUGCCGACCACGUCGCUGUACAGGCCCGUCGACGACUACUUCCAGAGGCGCCUGGUGUUUAGCCAGAACAACGCUACCAUGCCGACUGAGACGUUUGCAAAGAAGUUGGUGUCUGCUGCGCUUAGGGGAGAGGGCUGGUUUGGGGGGCUGAUUGGAGGGACGCCGGACUGGUUCUGGGCGGGAGGAUUGUCGACAAAGGUGUGGCUGACGACUUUGGUUCCUAGCAAGUUUGCAGAGUGGGCAUUUGGUGUCUUUUUUGGAAUUUCUAAUCUGAAGAAGCGUCUUGCGGAGGCACGGUCAAAGCAGGAUUAG